AUGCCAGCUGUUCCACGGAUCCUGCUGAGAACUCUGGAAGAGCUGGAGAGAGCAGAACUAAAGAAGUUUAAGUGGUUCUUGCAUACAGAGAAAGGAGUGGAAGGCUUCUCUCAUAUCCCAAAGGCUCAGCUGGAGAAUGCUGAUGUACAGGACACAGUGGAUAAGAUGGUGGAGAGAUACAAACCAAGAGGUGCUGUGGAGAUCACACUGCUCAUCCUGAAGGAGAUAGGGCUGAAUAACCUGGCUGGGAAGUUAGAGAGUGAACUCAGAGAAGUGUUCUCUGAAACAUCUGAGAGUUUCCUCAAUUAUGAAGCUGUCAGAAUCAAACUGAAGUCUAGUCUGAAACAGAAAUAUGAGCGCAUUUUGGAUGGAACAUCAGUGAGAGGCCAUAAAAAGUUCCUGAAUGAUAUUUACACUGAUCUCUACAUAGUGGAGGAUGAGACUGGAGGAGUCAUUCAUGAACAUGAGAUUAUGCAGGCUGAGGCAUCAACUAGGAGAUUUACCACAGAGGAAACUCCAAUCACAUGCAGUGACAUUUUCAAAGUCCCAUCUGACCCAAGUCGAAGAAACAGAAAAGUGCUGACUAUGGGAAUUGCUGGAAUGGGGAAAACUAUCUCAGUGAACAAAUUCAUACUGGACUGGGCAGAUAAAAAGACCAACCAGGACAUAAAAUUUAUUUUUCCACUCCCCUUUCGAGAGCUGAAUUCAGUAAAAGAUGAAAAAUACAGCCUGAUAGAGUUGCUUCAUGAAUAUUUUGAAGAUUCUGCUGAACUGAAGUCUCUUCCAGAUGGCGAUGGUAAAGUCAUGCUCAUUUUUGAUGGACUUGAUGAGUGUCGCUUUCCUCUUGAUUUUAAUAAGAGAGAGAAAUUGAAGAACAUUGAUCAGAAAUCCUCUGUAGGUGUGCUAAUAACAAACCUAAUCAAGAGAAAUCUGCUUCCCUCUGCUCUCAUCUGGAUAACCUCCAGACCAGCAGCAGCCCAUCUGAUCCCUCGAGACUACAUUGAUCAGGUGACUGAAGUACGAGGAUUCAGUGAUAAACAAAAGGAGGAGUACUUUUGGAGGUACAGUGACAAGGACCAGGAAAUGGCCAAAAAAAUGAUCUCACACAUAAAGAAAUCAAGGAGCCUCCACAUCAUGUGUCACAUACCAGUCUUCUGUUGGAUAUCAGCCACUGUGCUUCAGCCAAUGCUAGCCACAGACAGUAGUGAAGAACUCCCCACAACUCUGACGGGGAUGUACACACAGUUUCUGAUUUUUGAGACAAAUCAAAUGAAAAAGAAAUAUGAAGCUGAACACAUUAUACUGAAGCUUGGAAAGCUGGCCUUCCGUCAGCUGGAGAAGGGUAAUCUGAUAUUUUAUGAGGAAGACCUGAGAGAGUGUGGCAUUGCUGUGAGUGAGGGUUCAGUGUACUCAGGAGUGUGCACACAGAUAUUCAGUCAAGAGCAGGGAGUCUCUGAGACAGUGGUGUUCAGUUUUGUGCAUCUAAGUGUUCAAGAAUUCCUUGCUGCAGUCCAUGUGUUUCUCUCGCACUGCAAUAAUAAGGAGAAUGUUCUUUAUCCUAAUACAAUUUGGUAUAUCUGUAAAAGGAAGUCAAAGAAAUUAAAUGAUCUUCACAGACGUGCUAUAGACAAGGCCUUAAGGAGUAAGAAUGGACACCUGGACCUUUUCCUCCGCUUCCUUCUUGGCCUCUCACUGGAGUCCAAUCAGCGACUCCUGAAAGAACUACUGCCACAAACAGUGAUCAGACCACAGAGUGUGGAGAGAACAGUCAACUACAUCAAGAACACACUCAACAAGAACAUGUCAUCAGAGAGGAGCAUCAAUCUCCUCUACUGUCUGAAUGAACUGAAGGAUGACUCCCUUGUAAAUGAAAUUCAAAGUUACUUGGGCUCAGGACGUCUCUCAACAGAGAAACUGUCAUCUGCCCAGUGGUCAGCUCUGGUCUUUGUCCUUCUGAUGUCAGAGGAGACUCAAGAAAAGUUUGAGCUGAAGAAAUACAGAGGAUCAGAUGAAGGGUUGAAGAGACUUCUGCCAGUACUGAAAAACACCAAACGGGCUCUACUUGCUGGUUGUAAACUCACUGAACAGUCCUGUUCAUCUAUAGCCUCAGUUCUACAGUCAGCAAACUGUCCCCUGAGAGAACUGGACCUGAGUAACAAUGACCUUCAGGAUUCAGGAGUGAAGUUUCUCUGUGUCGGACUGAAGAAUCCACACUGUAAACUGGAGAUCCUGAGGUAA